GUGGAUGUUGUGUUGGAUCGAACAAGCACUGCCCCGGCGGCAAAGGCUGAAGCUUAAAUGGCUUGGCUUUUCUGGGCGAUUGCUUGGCGAUGAUGACGAUGGGUGUUUGUUUCCCGGGGUCGGGUUGUCGGGAACAAGCGGGAAUCUUCCCCCCAAAAAAAAAACUUGGCAGGUUUAGGUUCUUUUAUAAGAGAGAUGUGGGUUUGUUGUUGGAUGAAGAUGAUGCAGCUUGUUUGUUGCGAGCUCGUGAAACAGUCACAGCGGCGAAACGGGCGCACGCGCCGAACCCGCCGCCCACGGGACGGUCGAGCGAGGUGGUGUCACAAACCCACCAACCCACGCCAUCACCUUCUGCCGCCUACAUCGGAGGUUGUGGGAGUGACUCACCAUCAGAAUUCCACUUAUAGCAGCUAUUAGCCAACAGCAUCUCGCGAGCCUGGCGUGCCGAUGUAGUGACCAGGAUGCAGCGCACUUGAGUCGCAUGGCUCGGUGAAGCGUUCACGUCGCCGUCGGCGUGUCCUCCACUGCACCGACUCAUAACAAAAGCGCAGUCGCCG